UAUACUAAGUUUCAGUCUUUCUAAUGUUAAUGAAGGGGAGCCUGAGACAUUCGCCACGAUUCCCAUCAUCUUUCAAGCUGCCCAAAACGGUCUACACUCUCGGGACCGCGAGUAUAGAAUUUAUACAAUGAAUUAGAAUUUAUACAAGGCCUGUCGUCGUUUCAGCUUGCUGGCACACGCUCGCCAUAUAUUUUAUGACCCACGUGUACGUAAACAUAAAUCCAGUCACUUUACAUAAUAACACACCGAUCGAUCAAUGGUCUUUCAGUUCGUGCGUUUUUCAUAUAGUCACAUUGGUCGUCAAUUUACAGGUGUUACUUCGCAGUUCUUAUUGGACAAUGCCAUUAGUAGUAACAGUAGUACUCUCAGAAUUAGUAACCAUCGCAUACGCGCUCAUUCACUCGUCGGUGCACGCGAGAUACGAUGGUGAUCUACUGAGAGUUUUUCAUAUAUUGAUGGCGUCGCUUAACUUUUGGCUGCUAACUAUUAUUGUUAUCUUCGUUUGCCUGAUUCCCGACUGUCUAGUCAUGAUAUACAACAGUUACAAUCCCAUGCGGAUAUUAAGGAGAAACGAGGAGCGUCCGCGUUAUAGUAACAAUGAAGUUAACGAAGAAGUACCAUUAGAGACGAUGGUAAAUGUUCAUUGAAGAGAUUCCAGAAAUAAUU